AUGAAAGGAAAAAACAACGCGAGUCGUCAAGAUUACCGUGCUGCGUUCCUCAACUAUUGCAACAAUCAGAACACGGCCGCGCUGGCAGCGUACUACGACUCGCAUAAUAACUACGUGCAACAGCUGACAGCAACCAACGCCAUGAUAGAUCAGUACCACAAGCAUACUCUGCCUACAAUACUACAGGAACUUGAAGAGAUACUGACCGACGUGACAGCAGCUGUUAGUGAAGCUAUUUAUCAGGGCGGAGAAAUUAUCACAGAUAGAUGCACAAACCAGUUGCGUCGCUACGAGUCGCUAUGCGCGCAGUCCCGCGCUGUGUCGAGCACCGCGGAUCUGGCGCACCUGGCAAGGGCCCUCCUCACCGCUCAGCCGCCUGCCCGUGCUCCCCUCCGCGCCUUCCUGCCGCCCUACCCGCCGGAGCCUGACGACCCGCCCAUCGACGUGCCCGCGGAGACUAUGCCGCCAGUACUUCGAGGCGAAAUGUUGCUUGACCGCAUGGAUAUACGGGAGGCGCGACUUAACUACGAGCAGUUGAGGAAAGACGCGCAGGAUUUGGAAAUGCAGAUUAAGCAGUUACAGGACGGGCUGGAUUCUCUCGCGCGCAUACAAAGCCGUAACCUGGAGAAUAAUCUCUACAGCAAAGUCAACGAGAUACAGGAGGAUAUUUCGCUGAAGAAAUACGACUACAGAGCAACUCAGCUACAUUUGGCGGCAGUCAGAGCUCAGAGGGAGCUCUUCGCUGCGAAAGCUGAUAGUAGCUCUGCGGUGGACCGCAAACUGUCUACUUCGUCAGCGGGCAGCAUGAAGAACAAAUGGCUGAAAGCGUUCCGCAGCCUGAAGCCGCCCAGCGCGCCGCCGCCUCAUCCCGGCCCGCAAGACAAGAGGAAUGGAGCUGCUCGUGACGCGAUGCGUUCCGGUGCCGACUCAGAAGCACACAACUUCCAAGAGUAUACAUACAAGAAGAUCACACCAUGCGACGUUUGCUCACAAGUCUUACGAGGUCAUACUCGUCAAGGUCUUCGUUGCCGCAUAUGCAAGAUGAACGUGCACACUGACUGCAUGCCGCAGGUCGGCAAAUGCCAGACCAAGUCCAGGCUCCUGCGUAGACAGAAGAGCACCUCAGAGAUAGAGUCGCACAGAGUACAAGACACAGUAUACGAUGAAGAAAGGGCGGAGGACGGCCGGCUGCCCGGACACAGACUAACCAAGAUUUGUUUCAAGGGAUCGGUCGAGUUCGAUGACGAUUUCGAUAGCUACUACGACGAGGAAUCGGAGGAGACAACUACGCGACCUUUCGGGCAGCCCCUUUGUUUCGUUAAAGAGAACGGCGAUCCGCCGCCCUCGAUUCUCAAGCCGACGGCCAGCGUUCAUACUGAUCGAUCCGUGCCCGUUUACUUUGUCCACACAGGUUCAAUGAGGAAUUCGAAGAGUGCCCAAAUGUUGAGGCAGACGGACCGCACCAGUCCCUUACCCGCUCCUCAUUCGCCGAGACGUCAAAAGUUGAACCUUAGGAUGAAGAGUCUGUCACUGGAUUCACCAGAAUGCGGCGAGCUCAGGCGGCGGCCGGCGCGAGACCAGCCCGCGCAGGGCAGCCGAGUGCUCUGUAACGGAAGAGCGAAUCUUAACAGAUACGGUUCAAAUAGAAUAAAUUAUCGCACCAUAUAUAACUAUUCGCAAUCAUCACCGUCAUCCCCGGUGCAUAGCCGGCGGCUGCUGAGCGCACGCGGUGGUCGCAUGAGCAGUGUUGAGUUGCCCGACGAGCCCGACAAGAGCCUCUCUUCGAACAGCGCCAGUCCCUGCCCCUCGCCAGUCAAGCAACCUAGUAAGCAUCAGCGGCUCUUACCAACGAAUUUGUACGUGAUACUCUAUAACUUCAAGUCGCGACACGCCGACGAACUAGACCUAAAAGCAGGCUACAAAGUGACGGUUAUCGAUACAUCAGACCCUGACUGGUGGAAGGGCAAGUGCUUGGGAAAGAUCGGAUACUUCCCAUCUAAAUACUGCACUAAGCUUCAAGCUGGAGAGAGACCCUUGCAAGUUACUCAUAAUCUUCAAGUAUCCGAUGGUGACAAUGGAUUGAUGUUGUUGCGCGAUCAGAUCGUAAUCCAAGUGGGAGAUGAAGUGGACGGCAUGGUCAUGAUCAGAUCCGGUGACAACCGCCAGGGCGUGUGUCCCAUCAAGUUCCUACAGGAAGUGUGACGCUUUAAGUUGCCUCAUUUUAACUUCACCAAACGACGCGGAUCAUUCACAGAACAAAUUAACUCCAAUUACGAACCGAAGCCAACCCGUAGCGCACCAGUAACUCCUUGUGACAGCGAAUCAUCGUUCUGGUCGAGGGACACCUACGAUAGUUGCAGAUCUAAUAAGGUAUACGACGAAAUGGAAGGCGUGUGGUGGUGGCAAAGACCAUUAGACGUCAGACGAAGUCAAUGCCGCAGAUGCGGUGCAUCGUCUUCUACAAGGCCUUUGAGAAUGUUGCCCUGCGCCGGAGUCGCUCCAGAAGACUACGACUACAAUGACCGCCGUCCGCUCAUGUCACGUGAUCGACCAUUGCUUUUCGUAAAACAACUCUUUCUUUAGAAAAUGCUUCACAAUUACCAAUAAUAAGUUACAUGCGGUGUUCCCCAAGGAACUAAAUUUGGACCCACCCAAAAGUACUUUUCAAUUUACUUCCUUUUUUAAACUUUAUGAUAUGUGUAUCAUACUUAAAUUCAAAAACUUAUUUAGAAAUGUAGCAGUUUGAGAUGGAUUUUUUUUGACUUUAGAGAUUUUUUCUCUUCAUACAAUUUUAUGCAUUGCAUUAAUAUGAGGAAAUUAUAUUGUGACAUAUCAUUUUAAAUAUAAUAAUUUCAUGGAGCACACGAGUAAUAUAAAAAAUAUUGCAGUUAACCAAACUAUUUGCACACACAGGAUGUUUCCUAAAGUCACUAUCUAAAAAAUCAUAGGCCUAUCAUUUACAUUUCAAAACCUUGCAAAGAUAACCAAAAUUAUUUUUACUAAACACAAAGCUAUAAACACGUAAUAAGUAGAACACAUAUGUUUUGUUCCCUUUUUAACUUCACACGUCAUC